AGUAAGGAARCCAAUGAUAUAAGAAGAAGAAAUCCUYUCAAGGUGAAGAUCUUGUUGAAUUCUUGACCUCAUUUACAGACAAGAAAGUAAAAAAGGAAGAUUCAAGAAUCUGUAUUGCAAUUAAACACCCAUAUCACUGUUGACAUGAAGGAGAAAGCAUCCAAAUCCGUGGAGCAACAUGAAAGGACCCAGACUGGGGAGAAACCCUAUACUUGCCAGGAGUGUGGAAUGAGCUUCUCUCAAAAUGGAAAUCUACGUGCACAUCAAAGGACUCACACUGGGGAGAAACCCUAUACRUGCCUGGAGUGUGGAAAGAGCUUCUCUCAAAAUGGAAAUSUACRUGCACAUCAAAGUACCCACACUGGGGAGAAACCCUAUGCAUGCCAGGAGUGUGGAAAGAGCUUUGCUCGCAGUUCAGGUCUCUGUUCACAUCAAAAAACACAUGCUGCAGAGAAACCCUAUAAAUGCCUGGAGUGCGGUCAGAGCUUCACUCAUAGCUCAGGCCUACGUUCACAUCAAAGGAUUCACACUGGGGAGAAACCCUAUACGUGCCUGCAAUGUGGACGGAGCUUUGCUCAGAGUGGAGCUCUAUGUAACCAUCAGAGGACUCACACUGGGGAGAAACCCUAUACGUGCCUGGAGUGUGGACGGAGCUUUGCUCAGAGUGGACCUCUACACUCACAUCAAAAGACUCACACUGGGGAGACACCCUAUACAUGCCUGAAGUGUGGACGGAGCUUUGCUUGGAGUUCAGGUCUACAUUCACAUCAAAGGACCCACACUGGGGAGAAACCAUAUACGUGCCUGGAAUGUGGACAGAGCUUUGCUCGGAGUGGAGCUCUACGUAACCAUCAAAAGACUCACACUGGGGAGAAGCCCUUUAAAUGCCUGGAGUGCGGAAUGAGCUUCACUUGUAGGGCAAGUCUACGUUCACACCAAAGAACUCACACUGGGGAGAAACCCUAUACAUGCCUGGAGUGUGGACAAAGUUUUACUCAUAGUUCAGCUCUACGUUCACAUCAAAGGACUCACACUGGGGAGAAACCCUAUACGUGCCUGGAGUGUGGAAAGAGCUUUAUUCAGAGUUCAGCUCUACGUUCACAUCAGAGGAUUCACACUGGGGAGAAACCCUUUACAUGCCUGGAGUGUGGACGGAGCUUCAGUCAGAGUACACAUCUACGUUCACAUCAAAAGACUCACACUGGGGAGAAACCCUAUACGUCUCUGGAGUAUGGACGGAGCUUCACUGAGAGUGGAAGUAAGUUUACAUCAGAGGACUCGCAUUGAGGAGAAACCCUAUACAUGCCUGGAGUGUGGAAAGAGCUACAUAUGAGUUCAUAACUACGUAAACAUCAUAGAAUUCAUAGUGGAGAGAACAGUGGUAUUUGACUCCAGAGAGUCUCUCUAAGAUGGAGCUUUGCAAACUUUUUAUGUUGGUGACACACUUCGAUAUGCAUCUUUUUGCACGACGGUACGUCGGUUCAACU